CCAUUUAAUCAAAAAUUCAUCUUGACUGAGGUUUACCAGGUGGAGUUGGUACGAUGGCAGUAGAUUUUGAGGAUGACACUCUGCUGUUCUCCAACCACAAGCUGUUGGAAGAAGAACAAGAGUCGUUAUUUUCGAGGAUUUGCAGACUAGACGAGUCGCUUCUCUACUCCACAGGCUACUUUACUGUCAGGAAUGACGUCAUUUCGUGUCUCAUCUCCACCGUUAACAUCGUCGAUCUCGUCAGCAGCCUGCCCAUUAUGUACAUUUACAAGAACGAGUUUAAUCUGUCGCCAGCAAUGUUAAUCUUCGUUUCUGGUAUAACAAGGUUGCCUUUAAAUAUAAAGAUGCUAUUUGCCUUCAUGAGCGACUCAUUUCCAAUCUUUGGAAGUAGAAGAAAGAAUUAUCUAGCAAUUGGAUCUUUCACGGUUUUGAGCUCCAUGUUGAUGAUAGGGAUCCCGGAGAAGCAAGGGAUAAUUGCGACGACAUUCUUUUUGACUUCAUAUGCACUUGGGGUCACGCUGUGCAAUGUGGUUGGAGAGGCACUUGUUGUGGAAUCUGGGCGGAAUCAAUCAAACGACCAAUUUACACGGUACACAUCGGCAUCCAUUACCUUUACCAAAUUCCUUUUCUCCACAAUGUUAUAUUUGGGUGGUCUUCUUAUGAUGGUUGUUUCUGCAAGGAAGGUAUUUUUGAUAGCGUCGGUAGUGCCUACUAUGGUCUUUUUAAUUUCGCCACUCAUUCAAGAACGCGAGAUUGCUACAUCACCAAACGUUCAAAAUCAGUGGUCACGUCUGGUGACGUUUGCAUGCGUACCAGAGAUUAGGAAACCCGCAUUCUUUUUCUUUAUAACUGCGGUUGCCCCUGAUCCUGGACUUGCAAUGUUUUACUUUAUGACUGAAAAACUGCAUUUCAAGUCGGAACUUUUGGGUAGGAUUUGGGCUAUUCAGUCUCUGGCUGGUCUGGUUGGUAUCUAUUCCUAUUCGGUAUUCUUUAGGGGAGUUGGCAUGAGAAAACUUUUUGCCUACACGAGGGUUCUGAUAUCAUUUUUCUCUGUGCUGAGCAUGGUAUUGGUUAAAAGGUGGAGUGUGAAGCUAGGCGUUCCGGACACAACAUUUGCCAUUGCAAUCGCCGCACUCUUGGAGUUUUCUACUGAACUUUAUUCAAUCCCAAUGUCCAUUAUAUCAAUGCGCCUAUGCCCACAGGGGAUCGAGUCUAGCAUGCACUCUUUAUUAUGGAGCAUGCAGUUUGUAGGAUUGAAUAUAAGCACGUAUAUUUCAGCGAUAUCAAUGAACCUUUUCGGAGUGUACAAGGGAAAUUUUGAUGGACUUGUCCCACUAAUUGUUCUAUUCUCAACCAUUCGUCUGGUUCCUAUUCUCUCUGUCUGGAUGAUUCCAGAGGAAGUGCCGGAAGAUACUAUUGACCAGUCUGAGCUAUAUGUACCCAUUUCUAGUCGCGAUUCCUUGGAGUAACAUUAUCGCAAUGUCUCUCUUAUGCAUUGACUCUUGGUACCAAGGAGGCACUUACUGGUCCAAAGGGCCAAGUGCAUUGUAAAUAAUGCAGUAGACCACCUACAGGUGGCAGAGUCCCCUAUAAAACCUGGGACAUUAAAUGUAGAAGCUUGUCUGUGGUUAAUAAUCGCACUGUGUAAAGUUUU